AUGUGGGAGGAACGCCCAGCGCGGAUGGAUAGGCGUCACGGAAGGGUGCGCAGUUCUACAGUCACAUCCGGUCACAGCUCCAGUCUCCGUCGGCUUCCGGUGAGGCCAACUGGUGAGUGUCUCAUCCACUCGCCGCUUCAAACAAAAUGA